AUGCUCGUCUCCCUCACCGUCGGCAAGGUCGACGCUGGUGUCGCCGUCCUACUCACGGAAGACAAGCGAUUGAUCGAAUUCCCCUCCAUCCUCCUCCCACCGGACAUCCACUCCGGCAGCAUCGUCGACAUUAACGUCGCCCGAAACCAGCACGCCGAGCUCGUCGCCGACCAAAAGUUCAACGCCCUACAAUCCGAAAUCUACGACACCUUCGGCACAAACUCGCCCUCCCCACCCGUCCUACGAUGCCGAAACGCCACACAGACGAGCGUCGUGCUCGAAUGGGAUCCUAUUGACCUGGCGACCGCUGAGCUGCGGAGUCUGAGUCUGUACAGGAAUGGCACGAAAGCUGGCACGAUCCCGAAGGACAAGUUGAGCACGAAGAUCAGUGGGCUGGCGCUGGAUACGGAGUAUACGUUUCAUUUGGUGCUGAGGACGAGCGCGGGACAGUAUUCUUCUGAGAAAUUGACUGUCAAGACACAUAAGAUGACGGACCUCAGCGGUAUCACGAUCACGCCAGGAAUCAUGCCGGGACAGCUUAAGGAGAGUCUGGCGGAGACUGUGAAUCUGAUUGGCGCGAAGUUGAUUGACACUGUGCGGAUUGAUACGACACAUUUUGUCUGCACGGAGGCGAGGGGCCAGGCCUGGGAGAAGGCUGUGGAGAUGAAUGUUCCUGUGGUGGUGCCGGAUUGGAUCAAGGGGUGCGAGCGCGAGGGCAAGAUUGUUGGUGUGAGAGGGUAUUACUUGGAUGCAGAUCCGAAGCUGAGGCAGAUGGGACCGAGUAUGCAUCAGCAGAGGGGCAGUAUUUCGAGCACGGCUGUUGCGAGGGACAGUCCACGGAUUGAGCAUACACCGCCUACGCCGGAACGUGCGACACAUGAGAGAGCUGAGAACGGUGCUGAUUCUACUGAUGCGCCAAGACAGCCGCCCAAGUCAAUCCCCGAGGACGAGGAGAGUGCGGAAGAGGAUGCUGCAGCGAGCAGUGCAGUCAGUGAGAAGACCAAAGAGGUGGAGGACUCCGACGACGAAUCUGAUGAUACGGAGAAGCUGGCUGAGGAUCCAGAGAAGGAGCCUGUUACUGAGGACGAGCCCAAAUCAAAAGGCAAAGAGCCAGCGACGCCAGGAGAGAAAGACGGCGAGUUCGACGAAGUGCAGCUAUAG